AUGUCGUUAAUUUGCGAGAUAUCUGGGGAGUCCCUUGCUAGUACAACAGAAGAAAUCGUAGUGACGCCGUCGGGUCAUACUUGCAUCAAACGAUUGUUACUGGCGAAACUGUCCGAGAAUGGAGGUGUGGAUCCCUUUGAGCAAGUGCAAGAGCGUCCUCUUUCCGAAGAUCAGCUUGUCACACUUUCUAAAAAAGCCUCCAUACCACCACCUCGGGUGCAUCCUACUUCCUUGCCUAAUUUGCUGCAACAGAUGCAGAAAGAAUAUGAUGCUCUGGUAUUGGAAUUAUUUGACACUCGAAAGGCACUUGAAGACACGCGACAAGAAUUAAGCCAGGCACUCUAUCAAAAUGAUGCUGCCGUCCGAGUUGUCGCUCGAUUGUCCAUGGAACGCGAUGCGGCACGACAGGAGCUGGAGAAGUGGAAUUCCAUUGUCACAACGGGGCCUGCAGCUGCAGCUGCAGAACAAACAGAGUCGGCGGAGGAGCCCUCGAAGAAGAGACGACGAACUGAAACUCCCAGUGAACCGUUGCAGAAUGACAUUCCCAGCGACGAUCUGCAAGAAAUGGUGGAUACAUGGGGAACUUUACAGCCUCAACGCAAACCAAUGUUGAAGAAGGCAGCAGCUGCGGCUCCAACUGCUGAAGACUUGGUCGGGUAUGUUGCUGGAGACAAGAAGGCACUUCACAAAACAACCUGCAAGGGAUUGACUGCCAUGGCUAAAGCAGGCAAUGUUUUGGUCACUGCUGGAAAGGAUAAGCAAGUCAUUGCCUACAGUCUGUCCGAAAAUGUCGUCUUGCAAUCAUUCAAUUUUGGCAGUAUCCCAACGUGUGUCGACAUUUUUCAAUCCUCUUUGGUGGCAGCUGCCAAUAAGAAUGGAAGAAUGAUUGUGUACUCAUUACCAGAUGGAUCGAUUGUUGGAGAGCUGCAAUCGAAAACACCCAUCGUGAACCUUUGUAUUCAUCCAAGUGCAAACCACCUUUGUAUCGCUACGAAGGCUGGAAAAAUUAUCAUCUAUGCACUACAAGACCAGAAAAUUUUUCCUGUGUCGGAAUUUAGCGGAGACGAGGCAGCCGAAUACACCUGCGGUGCACUUCAUCCCGAUGGACUUAUCUACGCUGCAGGAACUACUACUGGGAAAAUACACAUGUGGGAUUUCAAAAACAAGCUUUUGGCAAGUGUCCUAGAGGAAGGAGAAGAUUCCGUAGAAGCAAUUGAAUUUUCGAAUAAUGGUUAUCAUGUAGCUACAUCACACUCAUCGGCAACUGUUCGCGUCUGGGAUUUGCGAAAGCAAAAAACAAUUGCCACACUGAAUCCAGACAAGUCACUGUUGGAGGCGGUAUCUACACUUGCAUUCGACGAAAGCGGGAAAUACUUGGCUUAUGGAGGCAAAGGUGGUGUUCAGAUCACCGCAGUCAAAGAAUGGGGGGAAACAGCUAAGCUUGCAUCCAAGAGCCCUGUUUCUGCAAUAGCGUGGGGAGAGGCAAUGAUAGCCACAACUGCCGAAGGAGAUCGAGUUGUUUCAAUUCACCAAAAAUCCUAA